CUCUCUCCUUUAUUUCUUUGUUUAUUAAAUUUAUAUGCUGCUCGUUUUAAGGAGGGAAGGGAAGCAUGAAGCUUUUCUGGUUGAAUGACGGCCUUCCUUCCUUUUCCUCCCCAGCAAUUUUCUACCCUCCUGGAGGUGCUUUUCCAAUUCCUGCAAGAACCCAAAGAGGUGGAGAGGUUCCUGGCUAACCUGUCGGAGUUUGCAACGGGGAAUAAAAUCAGCCUCGGCCCUUUGAAGAGUAUCGUCAAAAGUCUCUUGCUGGUACCCAGUGGUGCCUUAAAGAGGAGGCUGACUGCAGAACAAGUCGGAGCAGAUCUUAUCACCCUGGGGCUGAGCGAUGAAAAGGCCAGGUAUUUUGAAGAACAGUGGAAGGAAAAUUAUCCUGCCCUCUCGCGCCUGGCUGUGGGGCAGACGCUGAUGGUUAACCAGCUAAUAGACAUGGAGUGGAAAUUUGGAGUGACGGCCGGAAGCAGUGAGCUGGGGAAAGUAGGAAGCAUUUUCCUUCAGCUGAAGCUGGUGGUUAAGAAAGGCAGCCGGUUGGAACCAGUAUACCUAGGUGAGUAAGCCAACAUUGUCUGUGGGGAA